AUGAGCCUCUCGUUGAAAGUCUCGAGCCCCACGAACCCGGAGCCCAUGGGGCCGCGGCAGCCGCCGCAAGACAAGGCCGCGGCGGCCGCCGCCACCUCGGCUCCCCAGGCAAAGGGGGGCGACAACGCACUUCAGCGACGCAAUGUGUACGUCUCCGGCCUUCCAGAGACGUUUCGCGCCGCGGAAUUCCGCGAGAUGUGUCAGGCCUUUGGCCGGGUCGAGGCGUCCAAGCUGUGCAUUGACACCAAGUGCCGUCCAAUGAAGGGGUAUGGCUUUGCGCUCUUUUUUGAGGAGGGGGCCGCCGCCAAAUGUAUCAAGCACUUGAACGGCCAUUGGCUGGGCGGGCGAACGCUCCAGGCGCGACUCGCCGACGUUGCCGCGACACCCGCCCCGCUCGACCCAGUGUCGGCGCACCCGCCCAUCAGUCGCGCGCGGCUCUCGUCAAAGCUGCACCGCACGCCGAAUUCCAGCCUGCACAGCACGGCGGGCAUGACCGACGGCCCUCUGGGCUUGACGAAGAGCAUCCCGCUUUCCCCGUGCUCCAGCCGAGAGCUCACGCCGCCCAUCACCCCGUCGCAGGCAACAGUCAAUUCGACGCUGUUUCCCCCUAGCGACGUUGGAAGCGGCAGCCGAUACAGCGACAACGGCAGCAUUGCAGCUCCGAGCACACAGCCCAUUUUCUACCAUCAAGUGGCAAUGGAGCAGCAGAUGGCUCCCCCAGCGGCCUCCUUCCCCGCGCAGCCAGGCUACCUUCCCAUGCCCCCCGCCUUUUUUCAGCCCCCCAUGAUGGGGAUGCCGGUGUACGUCACAAUGCCGCCCUGGGCCAAUUCCCCCGCCGGCACGCCGCAGCCGUUUGUUUUGCCGACCACCAUGAUGUCGCCUGGCGGGUGCCCGCAGCAGUUCUACUCCCCCGUCGUCUUCUCUCCUUAG